UUCCCGGCGAAAUUAUAAAGGGAAGGAGAGAGCGAAGGGAUAAGAAGCAAUGGCGGUUUCCGGGGCUUCGGCUGUUGUGAUGGCGAAUAAAUUUAACCUGUGUCUGCCAAAAUACAAGACUUUGGGGUUUCCGUCAUCGAGGCUCAGCGUGGCUUCAGAGCUUGGGUUCGUCUCUUCACAGUUGAGUGGCUUCAAAAUCUCAUAUCCCCAUUCACCCAAACCGGCCACGCCCGCCGUUUCUGCCCCGUUGCUACCUGCUUUACAGCCCGUUGCUCGAAGAGUGUGCCCCUUCACGGGAAAGAAAGCAAACAAGGCCAACAAAGUUUCAUUCUCAAACCAUAAGACGAAAAAGUUGCAAUUUGUGAACCUUCAGUACAAGAGAGUUUGGUGGGAAGCCGGAAAGCGCUAUGUAAAGCUCCGUUUGUCAACAAAGGCGUUGAAGACUAUAGAGAAGAAUGGACUUGAUGCUGUUGCGAAGAAGGCUGGGAUCGAUCUCAGUAAGAAAUAACUCAAUAAGUGUAUCCAAUCUAAUUACUAUUGUAUUUUGUAGAAGAACAUGCCGAGUUCAGAAAGUAUUGUUGGUACUUUUUCUUUUCUUUUUCUUUCACUUUUUUAAUGCAUCUUAAUUUCUCCCCUGUUGUUUCUUCUCCCCGCAACUCAUUGUAAUAAUCUUUAUUUUUGAUAAACUAGAUUUGUUUUAAGUACUCUUGGCAAACUUGAAGUAUUGUUGUUAUCCAGAAGGAAUGAGAAUGCGAUAGUGUAUGCUUGAUUCAGAAUGUAA